AUGGCGGAUAUGGGCCGGAUAGCGAAAACCACGGGAAAAAGUAGCAGAGGUACAAAUUCCGCACGACAGCCAGAAACGCGUUUUAUCACAGAGGAAGCAGGAACGAUGAACCGGAUUCGCAGCAUGCCAAUUCGCAUGCGUUCUGGCGUGGACGUGUACCAGCGUGCACUGCAGGCAUACAAGAACGCACGGGCGAAGCAGAAGACGAGCGGUCCGUCGUGGAUGAUGCGCGUGCCGUACUACCAGCAGUUGCAACGGCGCACUUUCGACGCGCCGGAGGAGGUGGUGGCGGCGCGCAGGAAGUUGGUAGACGACUACAUGGUGCAGCUGGGGCGGCGGUUCCAGGCGCUUGCUGUGCGUAUUGGGGCGGAGCGCGCGGCGCGGGAGGCGGAGGUGCAGCGGGCGUGGGAAGCUGAGCACGGCAAGGUACCUGAGGAAAUCCAGACGCUGAAGCAGCAUUUGCGGGCCGCGUGCAGCGAAGCGGCGCGCACGCGGCUUUCAGAGCAAGUCAAGCAGCGGACGGCGUAUAACCGGGCGGUGACAGCCGCAACGGUAGGCCAGGGCCCUGUGGUGCACGCGCUCCCAGGGUCGCCUGCAUGGGCGGCACUGCAUGACGUCUUCUACAAGCUGCAGCUGCGAAACACGAUCUUGUUCUCCAUUGACAUCGAGGCGUUUGAGAGCAACACAUCUGUCGUCACAGAGGUGGGAAUCUCGGUCUACGAUCCCCGCGAGAACGAGGACACGCUCGUGCCCCACUUCCGCACGUACCACCUCUGUCCUGAGGAGUCUCUCGGGUUGAUAAACAAGCGGUUUGUUCCGAAUCACAAAUGCGAGUUUCUCCAUGGUGAAACCAUGGUAAUGCCGCUCUCCGAGUGCGUUGAGUUCAUUAACGGGCUUAUCGAGUACUACCUGUACCCACCCACGGGCGUGGACGACAAGUACUCGCGGGCAAUUGUGGGUCAUGGUGUCUCUGGUGAUCUGCAAUGGCUUAGGAGUCUGCUCAUCGACCUGCCCACGAUCGCUGGCCCAGGCAACUCCCAUCCGCGCGACCAUGUUUCUGUCCUAGAUACCGCGCAUUUAUACCAGUACUUCUAUGGUCAGAAGGGUUCAUCCCUAGGUAAGAGCUUAAGAUUGCACGGUGUCCCACAUAGCUAUCUGCACAAUGCAGGCAACGAUGCAUAUUACACAUUACAACUGCUCAUGAAGAUGGGCGAUGUGCAGCAACGCAUCCGGCACCAAUGGGACGAUCUAUAUGCUGUCUUCAACACGUUGAAGCAAUGGGAGGAGUAUGACAACUCCACGCCCUCCACUCAGCACGCAGAAUCCGUCAAUAACAGCACACGCGCUACCGGGAAAGACUAUAAGCCAAAAUCCAAAUCGGGCAGAAACCGUCGACAUCUGGAUACCCACAUCAAUGGCAUGCGCUAUCACCAUAAUUUGGACAGCUUCUUAGCAUCUACGGCGGUUGUUGACUGCGAGAUAGGUAGGUAA